AUGCCCAACACCACCUCGACACGAGAUUUCCACCACCCAUACACGCCGUACGACAUCCAAAAUGAGUUCAUGGGCGCUGUCUACACGUGUCUGGAAGAAGGCAAAGUCGGCAUCUUCGAGUCGCCGACCGGAACCGGCAAAUCGCUGAGCUUGAUAUGUGGCUCCUUGACUUGGCUGCGCGAUCAUAAGCGACGGACGUUCGAAGAAGGCUUUGCGGUAGAUGCAGCAAAUAGUGAGGAGCCGUCGUGGAUUGUUGAACACGCACAGAAGCAGAGGAAGAUGGAGGCGUUGAGGCGUAAACAGGAUCUGAAUGAGCGUAUUGCUAAGGUUAAGGCGAAAGAGAAGAGGGCGAAGGAACGGUAUGAGAGCGGCGAGCCUAGGUAUAAGAGACAGAAGACUGCGCCGGGAGAUAUCGAGAACGACGACGAAGCUCAGUUCGCGUUGGAUGAUUACGAAAGCGAUGCGGAGUCUCACAAACGGGCAAGAGCCGGCGCGUUCGAUGAGUCUGGGCUGUCGGCAGAAACCCAGGCUUUGAUGGCAUCACUCGGGUACAGCGCCGAUGCAUCAAAAGAUGACGACGGAGAGGCGCCUGACGAGACGAAAAUAUUCUUCUGCUCGCGAACACACUCUCAGUUGACGCAAUUCUCGAGCGAGCUGGGUCGCGUGAAGAUGCCGCCCGCCAUCGCCCCUGACGAGAAUGUAAGCGGUGGUGAAAUAGACACGCUUGUAGAAGACGUGAAGCACCUUACUCUUGGAUCAAGGAAGAAUCUCUGCAUCAACAGUAAAGUCAACAAGCUCGGUAGCGCCACGGCCAUCAACGAACGAUGUCUGGAGCUACAGCAAAACAGCAAGACUGAAAGCCGGUGUCCGCAUAUGCCGACCAAGGAAAGCGAGCCGUUGGUCAAUGACUUCCGCGACCAUGCGCUUGCGAAGAUUAGAGAUAUCGAGGACUUGGGGGUGUUGGGUAAGAAGCUGGGUGUGUGUCCAUACUACGCUUCUAGACCAGCAACCAAGUACUGUGAGAUCGUAACGCUACCUUACCCACUACUCCUCCAGCGCACAGCUCGUGAAGCACUUGGCCUCUCCCUAAAAGACCACAUCGUCAUCAUAGACGAAGCGCACAACUUGAUGGACGCCAUCGCAGGCAUCUACUCCGUAUCCGUGACCCUCGACCAAGUACAACAAGCGCGUGCCCAGCUCACAGCCUACCUCCAGAAGUUCCGGAACAAGCUCAAAGGGAAGAAUCGCGUGUAUGUUGCCCAGACAGUCCGUAUCUUGGACUCUAUCAUCGCGUAUCUACAGUCCAUCGAUGCCAAUGCGAAAGCGACAGACGGCUUGGCAGACAUGGCUGCGAUCAUGUCGGGAAAAGGUGUUGAUCAGAUCAAUAUCUACAAGCUUAACACGUAUCUCCAGGAAAGCAGACUGGCGCGCAAAGUCGACGGAUACACCGUCUUCGCCGAACAAGCGGAGAAUGGAAGCGCGCAGAAGCCAAGCGUGAAGUCGGCCAAGAACGGGCCGCGACAUACUGUACCGGUUCUGAUGCAUGUACAAGCCUUCCUCUUGUCAUUAAUGAACCCGUCCAGCGAAGGCCGCUUCUUCUACGCAAAAGAAGAAGUCUCAGGCACCACGCUACGAUACAUGCUCCUGGACCCAACCUACCACUUCAAAGACAUCGUCGAAGAAGCCAGGGCAGUCGUACUAGCCGGCGGUACCAUGUCGCCAAUGAGCGACUACGAGCAGCAUCUACUAUCCUACCUGGACCCAUCGAAGAUCAUGACACUAUCUUGCGGCCACGUCAUUCCGCCCUCGAACCUCCUCGCUGCACCCAUCGUCCGAGGCACAAGCGGCGCUGAAUUCGACUUCACCUUCGAGAACCGCAACAAAGAGACUACGAUGAUCGAUCUCGGCACCGCCAUCUUGACAUUCGCGAAGCACAUCCCCGAUGGCGUCGUCGUCUUCUUCCCCAGCUACUCCUUCCUCGACGCUUGCAUCGCAGCGUGGAAGCGCAUCAAGCCCGCGCCUUCAACAUCCACAUCCACUUUCUGGGACAAAUUCACCCAAACAAAACCCGUUUUCCUUGAGCAGCGCAGCAAGCAACAACCAUCUACCCAACCCCCACCAUCCAAAGAAGCAACCGCAGACUCCGUCCUCACAGCCUACAGCGCAGCAAUAGCAUCCGGAAAAGGCCGCGGCGCCCUCCUCUUCGCCGUGAUCGGCGGUACACUCUCCGAAGGCAUCAAUUUCAGCGACGCACUCGGCCGCGGCGUCGUUGUUGUUGGUCUCCCGUUUCCUAACCCACACUCUGCGGAAUGGAAGGCGAAGAUGCAGUAUAUUUCCGCCAAAACACAAGCGAAAAGCGGCGGUGGUGGUGGUGGUGAUGGCAAGGCUGCUGCGCGCGAAUUCUACGAGAACGUUUGUAUGCGCGCGGUGAAUCAGUGUGUGGGCAGGGCGAUUCGUCAUAAAGGUGAUUAUGCGGCGAUAUUGAUGUUGGAUAGACGGUAUGGGAGUAGGCGGGUUCAGGAUAAAUUGCCGAAGUGGAUUAGGGGGAGUUUGACGGGCGGGUUGGGGGUGCGGGAUGUUGGGGGGAGGUUGGAUGGGUUCUUCAAGGGUAAGGGUUGA